CGCUGAAGCCGGUGCAGUUUGUCGAUGAUCUUAGACGCAUGUAAGCGGUUUUAGAAGAGUCUUAUGUAGUGCAAAAUAUCGAUAUAUAACAAUGGGUAUUAUAAAUGACAAACCGAAUCAAACCGUUAAUGCGGAAUCGAGGGAGGUGCAAAAAUCUGACAAACCAUUGAAACCUUGCUGCGCUUGUCCUGAAACGAAGAAGGCAAGGGACGAUUGCAUUAUCCUACUAGGUGAAGAAAACUGUAAAGAUUUGAUAGAAGCGCAUAAAACUUGUAUGCGGUCAUUAGGAUUUAAUAUAUAAAUGUAAAUUAGCUAUAAUAUUGUUAAUUAUUAUAUAACAUGCUCAGGUUGCAUUUUGAACGAAAAAUGAAGUAAAUAGCAUUUACUUCGUGUAAUUGAUUUAGUACUAGUUCCUCAAAACAAUGUUAACAUACUAAGCAAUUUGUUUAGAAAUAAACAAGUUAUUUUGUUUGUA